AUGUUCACCUACAAGCGACUCAUUGAUGCUCUCCGUGCCCCCGGUGUCAAAGGUCCUAUCAAAGAAGCUGCACUAACCCAAUAUGUCCUGUUGAUAACUCCGAGCCCCGCAGGAAAAUACGCUGCCCUCGCCGAGCCUGUCCUCAAUCAACAUGCUAUGAAAUUUGCCGCUAAGCCCAAGGAACGACCUGGCCUCCUCACAUGGGCUUUCCUGGGUAUUUCGUAUAGCAAUUCGCCAGAGUGGGCAGUGGUCAUCUCGGACGUCCAAGCAAUUGUUAGCUACGUAUUCGACUCGAGUCUCAUGCGCCAACAGCUAAACGCUUACGACACACAUCUCCGCGCUUCUGCAGGUUUGAGGUCCCGCUCCCUGAGUCACCUCAGGAUGCUCGGAUAUAUCAUGAGAAGUGAUCGCUGGAGGACUAUCGACCGAACGCGCUUCGACAGCUCCGAACAAAUCGGGUUUGCCUCAGAACUCCCUGCUGAGACUUGGGUUGGACACAUAUGUACGCUUGCUUCCAAGGCCAUGGGCCAUAUCAUCACAGUGGGCUUGUUCUGGGCGGGUAUAUUCGUCUGGCUUGGGUUCGGGAAAACUAUGGAAUGGAGCAAUAGCUGGCAACUCUACAUCAACUCGGCCACGUCCGCGUGGAUGGUACUUAUCUUCGCUUUUCUGGCCAACAUUCGAGAGCGCCACGAACGCUACAUGGGGAAACGUCUGACUCACAUCUUCGAGGCCGACUCUGCGAUCGAGCUCAAGCUGCGGAUCAUCACUGGCGACGCCACCCACAACCCUACUAUUGUCAUCCCGGGACCCAAGGUCAGCAGGCUUCAGAGGGCCAUUUUUUACUAUGCCGACCUUGUCGGGACUCUUGUCGGCAUCAUAAUCCUGAUCGUGGUCCUUGUGGUCUGGCUGUGCAUCGGCCCGGUCAUGGCGUUCGAUUCCAACUAG